AUGGGAGAUCUACCUCCAGAGAGAGUUACCCCAACGUUACCCUUCUUUAACACUGGAGUAGAUCUCUGUGGACCAUUUCUAUAUCGUAGCAGCAAAAGAGCGACUGCUAUAAAGUGCGACGUAGCAAUCUUGGUGUGCUUUGUCACAAAGGCAGUUCAUAUAGAGUUUGUCUACGACCUCUCCCCUGCGUCGUUCAUAGCAGCGUUGCAUCGGUUCAUCGCUCACAGAGGGAAGCCAAAUCAAAUAGAGUGCGACAACGCCAAAAACUUCGUGGGAACUUCAAGAGAACUGGGAGAGCUCACCAAGCAGUUCCGUUCACAGCAGCAUCAAGAUGAAAUAAUCAACCGCUGUGCAGAUAACGGAAUACCCUUCAAAUUCAUUCCGCCACGGAGCCCAAACUUCGGUGGCAUUUGGGAAGCGGCGGUUAAAUCUUUCAAACAGCACUUCCGUCGUACCGUUGGAAACUCUGUACUAUCACAGGAUGAGUUCGUGGCACUUCUGGCUCGCAUCGAAGCUUAUUUAAACUCACGGCCGCUCACAACACUCACAGCUGAUCCAAAUGACCUGGAGGUAUUAACUCCGGGUCACUUUCUCGUAUUUCGUCCACUGACAUGCUUUCCCGAACUUGACCUCUCCGGUGUCCCGAAAGGUCGACUUAGCGGUUGGCAAGAAAAUCAACACGGCGACUCUGGAAGCAGUGGACAAAGGACUAUCUUUCUGGACUCCAUCCCCGAACCAAGUGGACGCGCAUCAGAGAUAACAUCUCCAUCGGCACGAUGGUUCUUCUAA